AUCUGACUUGACUAGACUGUAAGGUUUUAUCGGAAAUGGUAGUUUGGUAAUUUCAAAUUGAGUGUGUAGUAAUGGAAGUUGUGACGUUUUUAAUUCAGUAUAGAAUAGUUGUAUGACAUCUCCAGACUGAUUUGAAAUGAGUCGAGUGGAUCUCAAAGUUGUGCUUCUGGGAAAGGAGUAUGGAGGAAAGACCAGUCUUGUAGAACGAUAUUUGUACGAUCGUUUCAAAGGAAGUGCUCCUUAUCAGAAUACCAUUGGGGCUGCUUUUGGAGCCAAAAAAAUUUACUUUGACAACAGACAGAUAACUAUGGGAGUGUGGAAUUGCAAGAUAUACUUGUGUGGAACGAAGAAAGAUUUGGUACAGGAAGACCGAACAAUGAGAAAGAUUGAUUACCACAUUACUACUGACUAUGCCGAUGAAAUGGGUGCUGAACUCUAUGAAACAUCAAGUAAAACAGGAGAAUGUGUUGAGGAACUGUUCACAAAAAUUACUGCUGAAUUUGUGAAGAAGUACUUGCCUCCUGUAAAAGAGAAAGAAGAAGAGUUAAUGCUUGAUAGUCCAGUUAAGAAGUAUAGUUUUUGUUGUUGAAGAUUACAAAUACUCAACAUUAGUCAGUGUGUAAAUAUAUAUAAAGUAAAUUUGUGAGAAAGCUAGUAUGUGGGAACAGUUAAUACACAGCAUACUUAUAUCAUUUAACAUGUGGAAAAAUUAUAGACCAGAAGUAAAGUGAUUAAAUUAACUCUUACGGUUUUAAUUCAUAGUACAAAAUUUUUUUUUUUAAAUGCAAGAUGCAACUAACAACAGCUAAGACUAACUUGCAGUACUGACCUAAAUCUGACAUGAUUGAAGUGACAACUAGCAGUUUAUUUCAUGGUAAAGUCUAUGCUUUACCACUCAAUACAACUAACAACAGCUAAGACUAACUUGCAGUACUGACCUAAAUCUGACAUGAUUGAAGUGACAACUAGCAGUUUAUUUCAUGGUAAAGUCUAUGCUUUACCACUCAAUACAACUGACAGCUAAGACAUUCUCAUGAUAGAAAAUAGAACUGAGUGCUAAUGUUUUAAAAGAAAGAGUGCUUUGAUGUAAUUAGAUGAUGUUUAGGGAGUUCUUCAAAGAAUGUCCUACUUUUUGACUCAAGAUCUAGUAGUUUCACUGUCAGGUUGAUGUACGAUUUCAUAAUCUAAUGACAACUUUUUAACACAGAAUUUAAGAGUAUAAAACUUGUAAAACAUUUUAAGACAAGAAAAAACAUGCAUAGGGAGCAUUAUAUUUUAAGAAACUAAUAUUUUUAGAAUUUGUGUUUUAGUAUGGCAUUGUUAAUUUUCAUCUGCAAACUUUUUAGUGUUAAAUUUAAAACUUUUCCCUAGUUUUUAUAUUUCUCUCUCUUUUUUUUUUUCAAAGAAAUUCUGAAAAUAUACAACACUUGUAUUUGUUGUUUUGGCUAGAAGUAUUAUAUUUAAAAUAUUGUUUGUUAAUUUUUGGAUUAUUGUAUUUGUUCAACUAUGAGAGAAAUUAUCUGUGCUGACUGCAGUCAGCAGUGAUGACAUUCUGGAGAAAUCUACUUCUAAAAGUAAAUUUCAUUUAAAAGUUAGCAAAGGUUACAAAUUCUCCAUAUCAUUUGUCAAUAAAAUUAAAAACCAAACUGUUAAACUUAAAACAAAGGAAUUUACAAGUACAAAAUGGAAAACAUGCUGACCAAAACAACUCCACUGAAAUUUUAAACACUUAAAACAAAACAAAGAAGAACAUUCCAGCUUUUGGCUGUUGUGAACACACAAAGGACGUUUUUUGGCCAGCUCUGUUUAUGUUUUACCAUUUUAUUUUGGACAAAUCAGUAUCAUAGAAUUUAACUGUAAAAUACCUAAAAGUAAGUUCCUUUUUUUUUGUUUUACAUUUUCUUGGUUUUUUUGUUUUAUUCCCAUCUCUUAGGAAGUACUGAAUGCAGUUGGAAUGAUCUGUUUUAUAUUUAUUGACAGAAGUAUUACUCUGUUGUUUUACAUUAAUGAUGUUUUUAACUAUUUAUUACACUUACAUACUAACCUUUCAAACCAGUUUUAGUUGGAUACCAACUUUUAGGGUAAUAGAAGAUGUGAUAUCCAUCUUUUCCCACUGUCUGGACAAACACUUGAAUUUGUAGAGUUCUAAAAUCUGAGCCAAUUUUGAUAGAAUUUAGAAAAUGAAAUAAAUUUCUGUAAUAGCAGAUUUCUGAAGUUGUAUGCUAGUUUGACAUCUGACAGAUUUCUGAAGUUGUAUGCUAGUUUGAUAUCUGACAGAUUCCUGAAGUUGUAUGUUAGUUUCACAUCUGACAGAUUCCUGGAGUUGUAUGUUAGUUUGACAUCUGACAGAUUUCUGAAGUUGUAUGUUAGUUUCACAUCUGACAGAUUUCUGAAGUUGUAUGUUAGUUUCACGUCUGACAGAUUCCUGAAGUUGUAUGUUAGUUUGACAUCUGACAGAUUUCUGAAGUUGUAUGUUAGUUUCAUAUCUGACAGAUUCCUGGAGUUGCAUGUUAGUUUGACAUCUGACAGAUUUCUGAAGUUGUAUGUUAGUUUGACAUCUGACAGAUUUCUGAAGUUGUAUGUUAGUUUGACAUCUGACAGAUUUCUGAAGUUGUAUAUUUGACAUCUGACAGAUUUCUGAAGUUGUAUGUUAGUUUGACAUCUGACAGAUUCCUGAAGUUGUAUGCUAGUUUCAUAUCUGACAAAUUUCUGAAGUUGUAUGUUAGUUUGAUAUCUGACAAAUUUCUGAAGUUGUAUGUUAGUUUGACAUCUGACAGCCCAGAUGGUGGUUUCUGUUUGGUUCACUUGUGACUUCUUUUGUUAUACAGUGUCCGUUGUAAGAGCAUGAUUUUUUGAAAGGAAUAGACAACAACAUUUUGCAUAUGUUAAGUAACCACAGCUUAAGCUGUGACCCAGGAUUUCAGACAAAAGCCUUGUUUAUAGGUUUUGAAUAUCUGCAAAUACUUUUUCUGUAACAAUAAUAAUGCACUUUCCCGCACUUUGUAAGUGAAGCUAAAUAUGAAGAUGUUAAAAAAUAUAUAUAUGACAUGUUGCAAGUGAAACAAUACAUUCAAGUUUGCUAUUUUCUCUGGUGAUAAUGUUUGUGUGUACAUGUCUUCAAUGAAUUUAAUGACGAGCGUCUUUGGCUCUGUGUUUGAAAUUAUUUUGUAUAUUGUAAAGCUAGAAUUUUAACUUAAGUAAAACAAUAUCUUGUGCUGUUUACAUUAAAAUGAGUGAAACCAAACUUCAUGCUUUUUCAAUUAAUGCCAAAGAAUUUUUCAAAACAAGAUAGUUACCUGACAUUGAUGUAGAGAAUUAGUCACAUUUGUUUGCAUUUUUUUGUAUUAGUUCUCCUAAUUAUUAAAAUACCUUUUUUGUACUUUGCGGUAUCAUGAAAUUAAAGUACAGGCAUUAUUUACUUGUUGUGCUUUAUGUCAAGUCAUAACUUUUGUUCUGAAAUUGGACAUUUUAUCAUAUAAUUUAUAUAUUGUAAAUAUUGUAUUUCAGUUAAAGCUCAAGCAUAUUUUUAGAGAAGA